AGCGGAGCGGUCUUAGAGGGUGCCGCCGCCCUAGGCGAGGUUGGGCCGCCCCCCGCGAAAGAUCCGCCCCCAACAGCUGCACCACCACCACCACCGCCGCCGCCGCUUAGCGAGGAUUCCUAAGCCCCGCUCGGAACGGCAGCGGCACCAUGGAUCCCUGCAGUUCCAACUCGAGCUUGUCCGUCGGCUCCGCUAGCCCCAGGCCUGUCUUGCUGCUCUACUCGAAAGAGCCCAAAAAAUGGGAUGAAUUCGAAGAUAUGUUAGAAGAGAGGAGGCAUGGCAGUGACCUGAAAUUUGCAAUGAAAUGCUUCACACCUAUUGUCUAUAAGGGAAUUACUCCUUGCAAGCCACAGGAUCUUAGAAGUAGUGUUCUCAGUUCUGAAGAGGUUAAUUAUGUCAUUAAGCAGCUUUCCAUGGAAUCAAAUAAAUCUAUAGAUGUGCUCCAAGGUGAAGUUUGUGAGAUCUUGGAUGAAAUGUGCCACAAGUUGCAUCUGGGAGCCAUCCGUGUUUUUGCCUUUGCCCUGAGCAAAAUAUUUAAACAGAUUUUCUCUAAAGUGUGCGUAAAUGAAGAAGGUAUUCAGAAACUACAACAAGCUAUCCAGGAGUAUCCAGUUGUUCUGCUGCCUAGCCACCGAAGUUACAUUGACUUUCUGAUGUUGUCUUUUCUUUUCUACAAUUAUGAUUUACCUUUACCGGUCAUAGCAGCAGGGAUGGACUUCCUAGGAAUGAAAAUGAUUGGUGAGCUGCUACGGAUGUCUGGUGCCUUUUUCAUGCGGCGCACCUUUGGUGGCAACAAACUCUACUGGGCUGUAUUCUCUGAAUAUGUAAAAACUAUUUUACGGAAUGGUUAUGCUCCUGUUGAAUUUUUCCUCGAAGGGACAAGAAGCCGCACUGCCAAGACAUUGACUCCUAAAUUUGGUCUUCUGAAUAUUGUGAUGGAGCCAUUUUUCAAAAGAGAAGUUUUUGAUACCUACCUUGUUCCAAUUAGCAUUAGUUAUGACAAGAUAUUGGAAGAAAAUCUUUAUGUAUGUGAGCUUCUAGGGGUUCCUAAGCCAAAAGAAUCUACAACUGGAUUAUUGAGAGCCAGAAAGAUUCUCUCUGAAAAUUUUGGAAGCGUUCAUGUAUACUUUGGAGAUCCUGUGUCACUUCGAUCUUUGGCAACUGGGAAGAUGACUCAAAACCCAUAUAACCUAAUUCCAAGAUAUAUUCCUCAGAAACAAUCAGAUGACAUGCAUGCCUUUGUCGCUGAAGUAGCCUGUAAAAUGCAGCUUAUGCAAAUUCAGAACCUCGUUCUGAACCCAUGGGUCUUAGCAGUUGCUGUUCUGCUUCAGAACCAACCAUCUAUGGAAAUUGAUGCCCUGGUAGAAAGGACAUUAUGGCUAAAAUCCAUAGCCCAGGCCUUUGGGGGACUGGUCAUUUGGCCUGACGGUGAAUCUGCUGAAGAAGUUAUCCAGUCCAGCAUUGUGCUGCAUUCCAAUAUUGUCAGCCUUGUCAAUGACCAGGUGAUUCUGAAAGUGGACUCUGGAGACUCAGAAACGGUUAAUGGACUUACGUUUCGGCACAUUACUCUCCUCACAUACUCAGCUUAUAGGAACCAGUUGCUCAACAUUUUUGUUCGUCCGUCCUUCAUAGCUAUGGCAUUGCAGUUGAUUUCUGGGUGCAGGAAAGAUGAUGUCUACAAUUGCUUUUGCUUCCUACGUGAUGUUUUUUCAGAUGAGUUCAUCUUCCUUCCAGGAAACAUGCUAAAGGACUAUGAAGAAGGCUGUUGCCUGCUUUGUAAAAUUGAGGCCAUACAAAUAACAGCAAAAGACAUCCUAGUUACAGAGAAAGGAAAGGAUGUGAUAGAAUUUUUAAUAGGACUCUUUAAACCUUUUCUGGAAUGUUAUCUGAUCAUUUGCAAAUACAUCUUAAAGGAAGAUGACUACUUCACUGAGAAACAGUACUUUACUGAAGUUAGAAAAUUCACUUAUCAGCUUCUUGAUCAAGGUAGUACACAGUGUUAUGAUGUUUUAUCCUCUGAUAUUCAGAAAAAUGCCUUAGCAACUUUUGUGAGAUUAGGUGCACUGGAGAAGAAGAAGAUAAAUAAUGAGUGUACUUUUAAAGUUAAUGAACCUGCCAUGUCCAAAUUGGAAUCGAUGCUUGGUGGUAAGACCCCAGUAGGAAAAAUAACAACUGCGAAACUUUAAUGAUCACCAGUUACGGAAAUGUGGCCAUAUAAUUGCUGUCAUCCAGGAACCUUUAGUUACAGCAGUUUAAAACAAAGGAAAAGGAAUAACCAAUCUUCUCGUUCUUCAUAAGACUUUGAAAAUGUAGAGAAGAGGAUGAUCAACUUAAGCAGUCUGUACUGUUUACCACCAUAAUGGUUAAAAAGACACUUGUCUCCGAUUCUGUGUGUUUUAAAAUAAAAGUCUUUUGAAAACAUGUUUGGAAUUCAAGACCCAACUCCUAUUUUACUAAUACUACUUAACACAUUAUAAUGUAUUAAAAACUUUUAUACUGAUGUUGGAAUUAAAAUGCAUUAUGAACACCAAAGACUGCGGCUAUUAAAAUAAAAGACACUGGGUAUAUGGUA